GCAACACUGAUUUAACCCUCAUGCUGACCAAACUUCAUAGAUUAUACUCUUGUUCUAAUUAUUUUUGUUCAACAUGAGAAUAUUAUUGGUGCUCUUAUCAGUUUCUGUGGUCCUGGUUUCCUGUUGUCCUCAGGGAGACUUCCUGUGUGCGUCUGGGAAAUGCGUCCCCGGUGAUGUUGACUGUGAUUUCAAGCAGGACUGUGAGGAUGGGACGGAUGAAGAGUUCUGCGGGUCGUGUAAUUUUGAGUCCCACUCCUGUGGCUGGAAGGACAUCAGUGAGGGACGGUAUCGCUGGAGAUGGGAGAUGGCCAACAUCAGCCUGAUACCAGGACAGGACCAUACCACAGGAUCACCAUGGGGUCAUUUCAUAUAUGUGAAAGAAGAAUCACCAGACAUUACAAAGGCUGUGUUGGAGUAUUCAGUUAACAAAACAGGGGCCCUGGGAUGCCAGAUCAGCUUCUGGUCAUUCCUCAUUUAUGACAUGGGUUCGUCAACUAAUCUGUAUCUGAAGAUGAUCCGAGGCUCUGUGACCACUGAUCUCCUGCACAUAAAGCCUCAGCAAACUAAUGAAUGGCAGAAAUCCACAGCCUUCAUUGGUAAUCAACCAGGAGGUUUUAAGUUAGUGUUUUAUGUGGAGCCGUCAUAUUUCGGUGCAAAGGACGUCGUGCUGGAUGAUAUCAGCUUUGACAGGUGCAGGGAGGGGGACAUACCGGCAGGUUCCCAAAACCUUUGAGAAAGACACCUGUGCCUGGUACCCAGACCAGACCACUUCCCAUCUGUGGAAAAGAUCACCAGGAAAAGACCACACAUCUGGCUCUGGUUAUUUCAUGUCCAACAACCCCACCAGAAAUCCAGACCCAUCGUCAACAGCCAGACUCAUCAGCUACCCUCAACCAGCAGGCACAAUGUGUGUUAGCUUCUGGUAUCGUAUAUACGGCAGUAAUAUUGGCUCAUUGAGGUUCCUCACUAAGUCAUCAGGGGAACCAGAGACUGUUGUGUGGAUGAGACACGGAACUCAGGGGAACGAGUGGCGCUUUGCAGACCUCACCUUUACUACUGACGCUCCACUCCAGGUCAUCUUUGAGGCUGUGGGUGGGCGAGACGGGGACAUUGCCAUUGAUGACCUUGUUGUUUUUAACAGCCCUUUCCCGCCUGAGGGGUUCUGUGACUUUGAGAUGGAAUACCAUGGCUGGCCGAACAGAUCAACAAUAAAGUCAAGAAGACGGAAAUUGGAAUGGGAUUCAAGUUCCCCUGGAGGACCUUUCUCUUCAACGGGUAACCACAUUACUACCCCGUCCCCCAGCCCAGCCGCCACCCCUCCAGCCUGUCCAAUGGACUGUAACUUUGAACAAGGCCUGUGUAACUGGGUUCAGAAGACAGACGAGGCCUUCGACUGGGUCCGGUCCCAAGGUCUGCAGGUGAACCGUCCCUGGAAUGGACCCCGAUACGACCACACAGUGGGAAAUGACCAAGGUUAUUACAUGGUGGUGAAUAUGUCCGGCAGUGUGGAUGGAGAGACCGCGGUCCUCUCUGUUCCUGUUAAGGUCAAAGCCAGAGAGUUCUGUGUUGGAUUCUGGUAUUACAUGUUGGGACCGUCUGUGUCCAGCCUGGACCUAAUUAGACAAAAGGGAUCGAGGCAUGCGAUGUGGACUCGACAAGGCAGUCAAGAUUCAGGGUGGAUGAACGCACAGGUUACACUCAGAAAGGAAGACACAUGGGAGGUCCAGUUCUCAGCGAGUAGGAAAACCUCUGGAAGUGGGUUUAUAGCCAUUGAUGAUGUCACAUUCAAGGAAGGAGCCUGCAAAGAUCUAAAUCCGUGUGGAUUUGAGAACACCUGGUGUGAAUUUACCGUGGCCUCCGGUGGUUAUGGCUUUUGGGCACGAAUGGCAAAUGUAAUGGACCACACCUUCAGAACAGAGAAAGGAUUCUACUUGACUGUGUUGAUAAUGGACCCUAAGCAGACGUCAGUGGCUCAGCUGUUUUCUCCAGAGCUUAGCGCUUCCACAGGGAUGUGUGUUCGCUUCUGGUACCGUCUGCCUGUUGGUUCUACUGAGAGUCUGUCAGCACACGUCCUGUGGAGUGGAGAGCAGGGCCCGGCUCUGUGGCAGCGCUCUGGAGCUCCCUCUACAGGCUGGGAGGUGGCAGAACUUACCGUGUCCGCACCCAACUCCUUUAAGGUGGUGUUCAGAGCAGAGCACGCUCCAGGCUCAGUUUCCACGGUGCAGAUUGAUGAUGUGUCAAUCAGGGCAGGACCGUGUUCUCCUGUGGGCAGCUGUGACUUUGAGUCCGGCCAGUGUACCUGGGUCAACGAGGCCCAGCCAGACGGACAUGACUGGGUACAGGCAGACGGACGCUUCCAGGGCCCGGCCACAGACCACACCACUCAGACAGCAGAGGGGAGGUUCUUACUGAGCCCGGCCCAGUCCCAGAACCAGAGCAACCGGGCUGUGGUGGUCUCAGAGUGGAUCCAGUUCAAGAUUAAAUCCACCUGCCUCAACGUCUGGUACUACAUUCAUGGCAGGAACUCUGGGACCUUGCGACUGUUUGCGCGCUCAGGCCCAACAGAGCAGGAGUUACUGUUUCAGACCCAGUCUGGUCAAUCCAACUGGACCCUUUUCUCUGGUGCUGUGCAGAAGUCCGAACCAUUCCAGGUGCUGGUAGAGGCGGAGUCUAGUGACAGUGGAUUCAUCGCUGUUGAUGACAUCAUUAUGACACCAGGGCUUUGUCCAGAUAGCAGCACUGACAGGGGCUUUUUGGGGUGUUCAUUUGAAAAUGGGACCUGUGAGUGGGAGGAUAUCAGUGUGGGCCAGUUUACAUGGCAGAGGGACAGGAAUGGGACUGCUACAAAAAAUACAGGCCCUUCAGUAGACCACACCCUGGGCACUGAGCUGGGUUGGUACAUGCUGGUUGAGUCCAGCCGCGGGGACGUGAAUGACUUUGCCAAACUGCAAAGUCCCUUCAUGAAGCAGGCCAGUGCUGAGUGUCUGCUGGAGUUCUACUACCACAUGAAUGGAAAAGGUAUAGGGGAGCUCAGGGUUCUCCUCCAGGAGGGAUCCAGGACCACUCCUCUUUGGUGGCGGUCAGGUGACCAGGGGGACGCGUGGCGUCGGGGGGAGGUGAAGGUGGGUCGGACCCCCCAGGUGUUCAGCCUGUUCUUCCAGGCCACAAGGACCUCCAGUCAGCUAGGAGACAUCGCCAUCGACGACAUCCUCUUCCUCAACUGUAUUGGUCCUGGUGAGCAGCAGAUACAGACUGACGAGAUAAUCAUCAGUGACAUCAUCAAUGAAGAUCCGAUACACGUCUGGUUGGCAGUGGUCCUCUCUCUGCUGCUGGUGGCGGUCAUAGUCAUUGUUUCAUUUUUAUUCCAACAAAAAUGUUCCAUUCCUGUCACGGAGGAAGCCCCAAGAUCAUGGACCCCUGUUCCUGUUGAACUCUCUGAGACCCAAGUUUAGAUUCAAAUAUAUUAACUAACAAAAAGGAUUGACGUGGCAGCAAAUACAAUGUUAUGGUGCAUCAACCUGAAAUGAAGUCCGGUAUAGUUAAUUGAAUUUCAUAUUUUCAAAUGUUAGUAUCUUAUGGUCAAACCAUUUUAAACAACUUUUAUUGUGUAUACUUGAAAUUAUCUAAUUUGUUUUGGGUUUUCUAAAGUAUAUAUGGAGAUUGUUUGUUGUUUUCAUAUUUUAUUGUACUUUCUGGUUGAACAGGGGGAUAUUACUUACUUUAGCUUAACAAUCUUUUCUUUAAAAUACCAAUAAUUUUGAAAAAUGUCUCUAUUACUUUUGUCUGCCAACCUACACCUUUAAACAAGAAACCAGGCGAGGCUAGUUCAGCUGGCCCGUAAUAGAAAACAUUGCCACCUCGAGAUUCAAACCCGGGUUGCCCAUGUUAAGGGCUGUGUGGAUAACCACUACACCACGGAGCUGUGCAAGUGCUUGGUGUCAGUAUAGCCACUGGCUGUUUUAAUAGUUAAUUGGCCAUUCGUGAAUUAUAUUUUUUAACAGUUAAUUGGCCAUUCA